AACUUUCUUUUAUAAUCAAUCAUCUUUUCUCUUUACUCUUCUUACACACAUAUUUUUUUCUAGAAAAAAAAACCCCCCACUUCUUAUAAAAUUUUUCAUCCUUUUUUUCUUUUCUUUGUAAUAUAUAAUAUCAUAUAUAUAUAUAAGUGCUGAUGAUGGAAGGUAAAGGUGAUGAUGAACUGAACAUCUGUUUAGAAAAUAUGGUGGUGUUUGGAGAUGGGGAUAGUAGUAGCAUUAAGGAAAUCAAUAAUGAAUGGAAGGAUAUACCAAUGGAGCUAUUGUUGAGAAUUGUAUCAUUGUUAGAUGAUGAGCAGAGUGUUAUAAUUGUUUCUUCUGUUUGUAGUGGAUGGAAAGAUGCUAUUUCCAGGGGUCUUUCCCAUCUUUCACUUUCUUGGUGCAAACGCAAUAUGAAUAGCUUGGUGCUUUCUCUUGUACCCAAGUUUACAAAUUUGAGGGUGUUGAGCCUUCGGCAGGAUCAACCGCAACUUUUUGAUAAUGGUGUCGAAACUGUUGCAAAUAGUUGCCAUGAUUUGGAGGAUCUUGAUUUGAGCAAGAGCUUUAGACUUAGCGAUUCGUCUCUUUAUGCGUUAGCUCAUGGCUGUCCAAAUCUUAUCAAACUCAAUAUUAGUGGAUGCUCUGCCUUCAGUGACACUGCUCUAGCUUAUCUCACUGGUUUUUGCAGAAAGUUGAGAAUUCUUAACCUUUGUGGAUGUGUAAAAGCUGCAUCUGACAAGGCGUUAAAGGCUAUUGGGAAUAAUUGUAGUCAUCUACAGUCGCUUAAUCUUGGAUGGUGUGAAAAUGUUAGUGACGAUGGAGUAAUGAGUUUAGCGUACGGGUGCCCCAAUCUACGUGCUCUUGACUUGUGUGGUUGUGUGCUUAUAACAGAUGAAAGUGUGAUAGCUCUGGCAGACAACUGUGUUCAUCUACAUUCUCUUGGUUUAUACUACUGCCAAAAUAUAACCGACAGAGCCAUGUAUGCUUUGGCUCAAAGCAGAGUAAAAAACCGACUCCAAGUAUUGGAGUCAGUCAAGGAAGAAGGGCUCCAAAGGCUUAAUAUCAGCCAGUGCACAGCUCUAACCCCACCUGCUGUUCAAGCACUUUGCAAUUCUUGCCCUGCUCUACACACGUGCGCAGAAAGACAUUCACUAAUCAUAAGUGGCUGCUUGAAUCUAACCUCCGUACGUUGUGCUUGUGCAUUUCAACCACACCGGCAACUCAAAGCGUUUUCUCGUCAAGCUUAUUAAGAAUCCAGCGAUGCUUGACCAUCAGUUGAAUAUGUAUAUAUCGUCUAUGUUGAGAGAAGUAAAGAGAUCUUUCUAGUUGUGGGACUCUUGAAACGUUUAUCGGAUGGACCUAUAGUUUCUUUCAAGUGAAAAUUAUACUAAAGUACACAAGUAAAUAGUAAAAUAAAACACAUUGCCGGAUAUGGCGUAUACAUUCUUCCAUCAGUAGCUGCAGCAAAAAGUGCAGGUAUGUUUAUUGCAAAAUAUAUGUUUAACAUGUUCUGUCGACAAUAUUAGAGUCAGAGCCCGAUGUACAUCAUCAUAUCAUAAUUUGUUAUAUACUGGUAAAACUGGAAGUGUAUUAUGUAUUUUAAAUUGGGAGACGAUAAACAUACCGCAAA